AUGAACCCCCGAGCCUACGUGAUCCAUCCUCCUCUGUACAUCUGGCUGAUUUCUCUUCAUCCAAGCCCACACUUUGUGGAACUUGCGACAGCGGUGGAAGGCGCUGGAGUCUGGACACCCGUCUGGCUUGGCCUGGUCAUCAAUGAUGAGCAGUGGCGUCACAUCACCCUGGCACAUGAUGGUCUUGCGCAACGUCUUGAUACAAUGGUCGACGUCCAUGCGUAG